AUGGCUAACAUCAUUGCGCGUGUGGGUAACAGCAGGCAGCAGAAUGCACCUUUGCCGCCUUGGGCCCAUUCCAUGUUGAGGUCUCUGGGGAGGAGUCUCGGUCCUUUCGUGGUCAACAUGGCAGAGAGAAACAUGAAGUUGUUCUCGGGGAGAGUGGUGCCAGCCCAGGGGAAAGAAACCUUUGAAAACUGGCUGAUCCAAGUCAAUGGGGUCCUGCCAGAUUGGAGUAUGUCUGAGGAGGAAAAACUCAAGCGCUUGAUGAAAACACUUAGGGGCCCUGCCCGGGAGGUCAUGCGUUUGCUUCAGGCGGCCAACCCCAACCUAAGUGUAGCAGAUUUCUUGCGGGCCAUGAAAUUGGUGUUUGGGGAGUUUGAAAGCAGUGUGACUGCCCAUGGUAAAUUUGUUAACACCCUGCAGGCACUAGGGGAGAAAGCCUCCUUUUAUGUGAUCCGUUUAGAGUUGCAGCUCCAGAAUGCUAUUCAGGCUGGCAUCCUAGCUGAGAAAGAUGCAAACCAGACUGGCUUGCAACAGCUUCUUUUAGGCACCGAGCUGAAUAGGGACCUGUGCUUCAGGCUUAAAUUUAAGCAUCUUCUCAGGAUGUAUGCAAAUGCGCAGGAGCGGCUUCCCAAUUUCCUGGAGUUAAUCAAGAUGAUAAGGGAGGAAGAGGAUUGGGAUGAUGCUUUUAUUAAACGGAAGCGGCCGAAAAGGUCUGGGCCAAUUAUGGAGAAGGCAGCCAGCCCUGUGGCAUUUCAGGGUGCCCAGUCAAUAACAAUCGGCAGUGCUAACUGUAACUGCAACGUGAUAGAAAUAGAUGAUACCCUUGAUGACUCCGAUGAGGAUGUGAUCCUGGUGGUGUCUCUGGACCCUCCACUGACACCCACAGGUGUCCCUCCCUUCAGAGGAAGAGCCAGACCUCUGGAUCAAGUGCUGGUUAUUGAUUCCCCCAACAAUUCUGGGGCUUAGUCUCUUUCUACCAGUGGUGGUUCUGGGUAUAAGAAUGAUGGUCCUGGGAAUAUUUGUAGAGCCAGGAAGUGAAAAUACACAAUCUGCUGUUCAUAUUGUGGUAAGGAGGGCCACUCAGAAGAAACCUGUGACAAUGAGAGCAACAAGGCCCAGGUUUUUGAGAAUCUGAUCAUCACCCUGCAGGAGCUGACACAUACAGAGGACAGGUCAAAAGACGUCCCUGGAGAACACAGUGAUGCUUUUGAGCCACAGUAAGGAUCUAGACCCAGCCCUAAAUGAGUUCUUAACUGUAUUCAGAGUAAUGGGAAUAACAGGAGAGGAGGGUGGGUUUCUAACUGCAUGAAUCCACAAAGCAGUUUUCCUUUGGGAAAGAGAAGAGGUCUUGCAUACCAGCACAGUGGAGGGGAAUGGUGUGACCUCUGUCCAUGCUCCCUUCUCUGCUGGCUUAAGAGUCUGUUCUCCAUGUGUCUAUUUCUUUGAUGACUUUCUACUUUUUAAGAAAGGAGCAUCUUUUCAAUAAACCUUCAAAAAUAAAGGAAGAUACAAAAACUAAGUACAAAUUACCUGAAACUCAGCACCCUUUUGUAACCAUUGUCAGCCCUUUGGUGAAUGUCCUUCCAGAUAUCUCCCUGUACCUGUGUACCCAGAUAGAUACAUGUAUAGAUAAGAGUGAUCAAAUAUAAAUGCUGUUCUAUACUGUGUAUUUUUCACCAAAUAAUAUAUCUUGUGGACUUCUAUGUCAAUGAAUAUAUAUAAACAUCUUAUUU